AUGGCUGGCACGAGCAAAUCUGAUGAUAUUGAUGAUCUUAUUACACCACUUCGUUCAUCCUCAAUAAAUGAUAUGACUCAUGUUAGUGAUAAGAUAGAAGGCAAUGGCAGUGGUAAUACUGUGCAGGAAGCUCCUAAUGAUGAUAUUCAAGAUGGAAGUAAUAAAGAUGAAAAUGUUCCCAAGCAACAUUGUAAAGAGAUGGAUGAAAUGAAGGAGAAAGAAGAAUUGGAAAAGCGUAAAAAACAAGAAGCAGCAUUAUCUGAGGAAGAGUUAAACAGUCUUCGAGAACAGUCCAAAACGUUAAAAAUUCAAGGGAAUGAUUAUUUCGGUCAAGGAUUUUGGUAUGAAGCAGUCCAUUCUUACACGAAAUCUUUAGAUAUUUGUCCACUCAUAUACACGCAUGAUAGAGCAACAUAUUUCAGUAAUCGAGCUGCUGCAUAUAUGAAACUUAAAGACUGGGAAAAAGCUAUAGAAGAUUGUAGUAAAGCGUUAGAAAUUGGUGCACCAAACGAUAAACCAUUAGAAAGACGUGCUCAUUGCUAUGCUCAACUGGAAGAGAAAUAUGAACAGGCUAUUGAAGACUAUGAAUCGUUACAAAAAUUGUACCCUGAAAGGAAAAAUGAUUAUAUCAAGAAAAUUGCUGAUUUGAAACGGGCAAUUGAUGAACAUAAUGAAAGAAUGAAAAGAGAGAUGAUUUCGAAACUGAAAGAUUUUGGAAAUAUGUGUUUGAAACCUUUUGGUUUAUCAACAGAUAACUUCGAAAUGGUACAGCAGCCGGGUGGAGGAUAUUCGAUAAGCAUGAAGAAAAAGUGA